GAUGACAGCAUUGGAAGCUGUACAGUGAGAAGCAAACCGAUCCCAAACUUCAUUCAUCGGAGGGUGAACUGGUCUGAAAAGGUUGAAGCGAGUCCCACUCCUGAACACAGCGUUUACAUCCCAGCCUCGGCUCUCCAGAGCAGCAAAGGAACUGUGCCUGACAAGGAGGCACUGGUGGUGACCACUGUGAUCAACAGCACUUUAUUCCAGCUGAGUCCCAAUCGGUCAGAAGCGAGAGGAGUCAUACCACCAGACUGGCCUGUUCUGGGGGGGUUAGUCCUGUUCGUGAGGGCAGGGAACCUUCCUGUCAAAAACCUCUCCCAACCCAUCAAAUUAACCUUCAAACACAACAAACAGGUGGGAGAUGGGACAUGUGUGUUUUGGCAGGAGUCAACUCUUAAUGAUGGAGGUAGCUGGAGCACAGAGGGCUGUGAUACCGAUGACACCGGAGCUGAAUUUAUUUGCAGCUGCAACCACAUGAGCUUCUUUGCUGUGCUUGUGAACCCUGUGUUAGAAGUGGGAGAAAGUGAUGCUGUGAUCCUGAGCUACAUCACCUACAUCGGCUCAGCGCUCUCCAUCUUCUUCACAGUCAUCAGCUUGAUCCUCUAUAUAUGUCUACAACGUCGGCGUCCAGAGAAGGCUAUCGGGGUGCAUUUGCAACUAUCAGGAGCGCUGCUCUGCCUCCAUCUCACCUUCCUGCUGUGCAGCUUCUGGGUGUGGCAUCUGAAUGAGAAUGAGGAGGGCUGGGUGUGUCAGGGUCUGGGUCUCUUUUUACACUGGUCCCUGCUGGCCACCUUCAGCUGGGCGGCUCUGGAAGGCUUCCACCUCUACCUUCUCUUAGUCCGAGUCUUCAACAUCUACGUCAGGAGAUACCUGCUAAAGCUCAGCGUGGUGGGAUGGGGUGUUCCAACACUGGUUGCAGCGGUUUGUGGGAUUUCAGGUGUUUAUGGCAAAUACAGUCUAAGGGCUGCCAACAACCAGACUUCAACAGCACAGAUAUGCUGGAUGAGCAGCCAGUUCCCACAGAGGCUCCUAGUCAGCUACAUCACUACCGUGGCCGUCCCAUGUGUGCUGAUGAUACUGUGUAAUUCCUGCAUGCUGGGGCUGGUGGUGUUUAAGCUCUGGGGGCUACGGGCAGGUAGUGGAGGCACUGAAAGCAGUGGCUGGAAGAAGAUAAAUAGGGAGAAAGGGAUGAAGUUAUUGAAAGACUGUGCCACAGUGCUGGGCCUCAGCUGUGUGCUGGGCUUACCUUGGGGGUUAGCGAGCAUCACCUACAUCUCCCUCCCUGGGAUCUACAUAUUCACUAUACUAAACUCCCUGCAGGGCGUGUUUAUGUUCCUGUGGUCUGUGGCUUUGACCUGCAAGUCUCGAUCUGACAAUAACUCUUCAACCAGAGACCCUUCUUCUCAGAAAAUAAUGACUACCAGUUUCAACAACUGAUGUCCACAACUACAACACAUGUAUUAUCUAUUGCCUAUAUUAGGUGUUCCUUUGGAGUCCAGUUAAGUGCAGUUAAA